AUGGUCGAACGACUACACCGUCAGUUAAAAGGCGCCAUAAAAUGCCAUGACACGGACAAUUGGGUUGAAACCUUGCCCAUUGUUCUAUUAGGCAUUCGCGCUACAAUGAAAGAAGAUUUAAAGGCAACAGCUGCGGAAAUGUUGUACGGAACUAAAAUUCGUUUGCCAGCAGAUUUUUUCGUACCGACAAAUCAGGAGGCGAAUUCUAGUUUCGUUAAGCGAUUAAAAGACCGGAUAAAAGAUAUAAAACCCCGCCCAGCUUCGUGUCAUAAUAAUAAAACGACAUUUAUAUUUAAAGAAUUAGCAGAAUCACCGUAUGUUUUCUUGCGUUAUGAAGCAGUUAAAAGUUUAUUACAACCUCCAUAUGACGGUCCAUACGAAGUGAUUGAGCGUGGUGAGAAAAAUUUCACAAUUCGUAUUAAUGACAAAAAUGUUAAAGUAUCAAUAGAUCGGUUAAAACCCGCGUUUUUAAUAUCCGGCGAAUUAGAGUCAGAAUCCGACAAUAGCGAAGAAGGCACCGAAUUACAUGUACAAACUCGCACCGAACGGAAUGUAUCACAGCGCGAUGAUAAUUCGAACCGCUUCACGACACGCUCAGGUAGAGUAGUUCGUUUUCCAGUGCGUUUUCAGGCUGGUUUAAAUUAG